AAGCAUGCUCAAAAUUACUGGAGACCAUUUAUAACGGAUUGAGAGCUGUUACCGUGAAUACACCAGACUAUGAUACAUUAAUGUUUAUUCAAGCUGGACGUUGCCUGUAUAAACCAGCUCACCGAAAGCUACAAAUUUCUCAAAUUGUAGAAUUGAAUCGGAGGUUUAUCGCUGGUUAUGAACAUUUUAAGGAUGAACCUAGGGUACAAGAUAUGCGUAAAAGAAUAAUUGCUUAUAACCAAUUAUUAAAAUAUUAUGGAUUAAAAGAUCAUCAAGUACAUAAAUCAGCGAUCGGAGGUCCUAGAGCUGCUGGAUUGUUACUAUAUAGAAUAAUGUUGCUGACUACUUGGAGUAUUUUGGGUUUACCGGGAUUUAUUUUAAACCUUCCACUUGUAAUAAUUGCUCGUAAAGUUAGUAAAAGAAAGGCUGAAGAAGCGGUUCGCAGUUCAUCUGUUAAAAUAGCUGGUCGUGAUGUUCUCGCUACAUGGAAACUUCUUGUUGCGCUAGUUGUCACACCUCUUCUUUAUAGCUUUUAUACAUUUAUCGUUGUUCUUGUGUCAUUUAAAAAAAGGUGGAUACUAAAAUGGAAAGUAUUUGCCCCCAUAGCAACAUUUUGUACAUUGGUAACGGGCAGCUAUGUUACCAUCCGAUUUGUAGAGAGUGGUCGUGAUAUAUACAAACCAUCUAUUGAGAAUUUGUGUACUGUUCGAGAACAAUUGUCAAAUAAUCUCACAGAUUUAAUUAAUGAGUUGGCACCUAGGAUUUACCCUGAUUUUGAUGUUGAACGAAUUAUUGAGGCAGCUGAACGUUCAUCAGUAACUCCAACUAAAAGUUUAUUCCAAUCUCCAAUUGAUUGGAUUGAUGAUAAAGUAUUCAAUUGGGAACGUCUUACAGGAGAUACAUCAGAAUUGGAUGAUGUAUUUUUUUUUUUUGAAAAAAAUAAUGGUAGCGCAUCAGGACGUAGUAGAACAAGUAGUUGGGGAAGUGGGUCAAGUACAAGGCCAGGUACAGGUAGUAGAGCUAAUUCGUUUGGAUCUGUUGGAUCUUCAGGUGAAGGAUUUCGCGUUGAAGCAAUGACAGAAUUACCAAAGGAUCAACCGUUUUCUACUGUUACCAAACGAAUGACAUCAUUGUCAAGGUCGCAAACCAAGGAAAAUGAAGAUGAUACAGGAUAUCAAGGAGAUAGGGAGGAUAGGUGA